ACAAAAUACAUGGAGAAGUCAACAAUGAUAACAUUGACAUUUUCUCUAAUCUUAAUAUUUCUCCCAUCUUUGACGAUCGGAUUAUCCACGUAUAAUGUGGUAAGCCUAGGAGCAAAACCCGAUGGGAAAACGGACUCAACCGAGGUUUUUGUCAAGGCAUGGAAUGAAGCUUGUGGUUCUUUGGGAAAGUCUAGAAUUGUAGUUCCUGAAGGAAGGUACUUAAUACAAAAUGCCAUUAAAUUUGAUGGAAGAAAGUGUAGGAGUGUAGCUAUUACUUUCGAUGUUAAGGGCACUCUUGUAGCACCAUCUGAUUUCCAUGCCCUUAGUAGCUCAGCAACUUGGCUAUGGUUUGAUUCAGUAAAUGGAGUUACUCUAUCUGGUGGCAAGUUUGAUGGCAAAGGUGUUUCUUUGUGGAAUUGCAAGAUGUCCGGAAAGGGUGGUUGCCCAAAAGGUGCUUCGACAUUGGCGUUCACAAACUCCAAAAAUAUAGUGGUAAGAGGCUUAACAUCAAUAAACAGCCAAUUAUUCCACAUUGUGUUUAAUGGUUGCAACAACGUGAAAUUACAAAGUGUAAAAGUGUUAGCUUCUGGUAAUAGCCCUAACACAGAUGGUAUUCAUGUACAAGCUUCAAAUGGUGUAACUAUAUUCAAAUCCAAGAUUAGUACCGGCGACGAUUGUAUUUCAGUGGGUGCUGGUACUACAGAUCUUUGGAUUGAGGAUAUCCUUUGUGGUCCAGGUCAUGGCAUCAGCAUAGGGAGUUUAGCGAAAGAUAUGAAUGAACUCGGUGUAGAAAACGUGACAGUAAAAGAUGUUACAUUUGUUGGCACCCAAAAUGGUGUUAGGAUAAAGUCGUGGGCGAGACCUAGCAAUGGUUUUGUGAAGAAAGUUGUCUUCCAACAUUGUACAAUGAUCAAUGUACAAAAUCCUAUAAUAAUUGACCAAAACUAUUGCCCUAGUAACAAAGGUUGUCCAGGAAAGGAAUCUGGGGUGAAAAUUAGCGACAUCACAUAUGAAGAUAUUCAUGGAUCAUCGGCUACAGAAGUGGCAGUAAAAUUUGAUUGCAGCUCAAAACAUCCGUGUGAAAACAUAAAAUUAGAUAAUGUAAAGCUCACAUACAAGAACCAGCCAUCAAUAUCAUCUUGUACUUAUGCUGAUGGGUCUACAAAUGGUUUGAUCGAGCCCAAGGGUUGUUUGUAGUAUAUACUCCAUACAUUGUUUGUGUCUUUGUGAUGUGAUCGAUGUCUUUGUAUGUUGGAUAUAGCUAGGCACAUUGUCUACUACGUAUUUACGUUAAUCUACACAUAAAUGCAAUUAUGCCAAACCCGACUAUUGGAGUUUGGAUGCAUACGAGUGAUACGACUCUACGUACUUAAAAGAUGUAUAUGUACUACGUAGUAUAGUUUGAUUAGAGUUUAGAGAUGAUUUUCACCUCAAUGAUUGUGAUACUUUUCAUUUGCCAAUUCCUUGUAGUAUUAUGAUACACAUAAAUAUUUGCAAC